AUGGUUACUAUAACAGACGCCCACGAGGAUUUGAUCCACGAUGCUGUGCUAGAUUACUAUGGGAAAAGAUUAGCUACCUCUUCUUCGGACAAGACAAUCAAGAUUUUCGAUGUCGACGGUGCUGAUAAUUAUAGGUUGGUUGAAACGUUGGUGGGCCACCACGGUCCCGUGUGGCAGGUAGCUUGGGCGCACCCAAAGUUUGGCUCCAUUUUAGCCUCCUGCUCCUAUGAUGGGAAAGCAAUCAUUUGGAAGGAACUGCCCGAGACUCAACAAUGGUCGAUUAUCGCAGAGCAUGCUAUUCAUCAGGCCAGUGUCAAUUCCGUCUCGUGGGCUCCUCAUGAAUUAGGUGCUCUCUUGUUGUGCACCUCUUCGGAUGGUAAGGUUUCCGUGGUUGAGUUCAAUGAAGAUGGUACCACAUCCCACAAAGUUUUCCAUGCUCAUGCUGUAGGGGUAACCUCCGGUUCUUGGGCUCCUAUUAGUAGUGGAAAGGACGGCUCUCCUCUGCAACGUCGCUUUGUGACUGGUGGCUCAGAUGAGUUGGUGAAAAUCUGGCUGUAUAAAGAAGAUUCUGACAGCUAUGAGUUGGAACACGAGUUGCAGGGUCAUCACGACUGGGUUCGUGAUGUGUGCUGGUCUCCAUCUCUUUUGGUGCGUUCGUACAUCGCAUCUGCCUCUCAAGAUCGUACAGUUCUCAUCUGGUCUCAAGACAGCGAUGGUAAGUGGCAGAAGCAGCUGUUAACAGAGGAAAAAUUCCCAGAUGUGUGCUGGAGGGUGUCGUGGUCCUUGUCCGGUAACAUUUUAGCUGUGUCGGGUGGUGACAAUAAGGUGACAUUGUGGAAAGAAAACCUACAAGGUAAAUGGGAGUCCGCUGGCGAGGUAGAACAGUAG